AUGACACACUUUUCUCUGUGUGGCCGAAAGAGCAACAGGACAUUGAUUACACUGCUAACCGUUCCCCUCUGGUCUCUACGUGGUUUUGGACUUGCCGUUUUUGGAUUUUUUGGUCUUGGUCUUUCCUGGUCGUGUGGUCUUCGCCUGGGUCGUGCUUGCUACGUCUGGCACCCGUCGCUCCUUCCGCUCCGAUGCAGACGUCUGGUCGCUACUUCCAUUCUUGCCAGCCAACUCGGCUAUUGCGACCACACUCGACUCGCACCAUCUUCGGACAUUGCAGCUCCAUGCCUUGGAUACACUGUACAGUUCCGCGCAUACACGGAUCCCCUGAACGCAUCCAAUUCCCUCCUACCACCGGCCAUCCCGCCACCGCCACCGCCGCCACCGCCUUUGAACGUCCCUCCCUCGCGUGCCCGCCAGCUGCUCGCAGCCCGUCUUGCGAUGAACAAGCGCAACGCCGAGGCCGCGGGUGCACAAGAGAACGGCAACGAGCGUGAACAGGGUAGCAGCAACAGUGGCUCGGGUAUAGCCAGCGGCGACGGCAGCGGCGGCAACAACAGCAACAACAGCAACGACGACGGCGACAUCUCGCUCGGCGCGGCCAGCAAGUCGCUGACGGCGAUGCUCGACAGCGGCGGCGAGCGCCUGCGCAACCCCUUUGCUGACGACGAGGACGACGAUGUGGACGCCGACGAGGACGCCGAUGAAGACGAGGACGAUGAUGACAACGAUGACGAAGACGCCGGCCUGAAUGGCGGCGACGUCGGCCGCGUGGGUCUCGGCUGGAACCGCGGCGGCUGGUGGCGGUCGAUGGUGUCGCGUGCCGACAAGGGCGGUCGUAGCGGGCAAGCCGGAGCCGGCGGCAGCAGCAGCAGCGGCGCCGGUGGCCAUGAAAAGUUUGGCGACGGCCGGGACAGCAGCAGCGACGGCGGCAACUCGUCUGGCGACGACGACAACGACGACGAAGAGUUUGGCGACUUUGCCAUGCCGGAAACCACCAUGCCGGCGGAGGGCGCAGCAGCCAAGGCUAGCAACAACGACGACGACGACGACAACGGCGCCGGGACGACGGCCGAGACCACGGCCGAGGGCAGUGACCGCGAGACGACGCUCUUUAAGCCCCUGGCCCUCCACCCUGGCCAUUCGCCGUCUGGAUCUGGAUCUGGAUCUGGAUCCGGAUCCACUGGUAACAACCACAGCACGGCCUCGGCCGGUGGCAGCCUCUGGCGCCUGGGCUUUCUCGGGACCAACGCCGCGACGACCGGCUCCACCGCCGCGUCAACGGACACCAGCACGAGCGACACAAACAAUGCCAAGGCCAAGGCGCCUGCUGCGUCCGCGUCAAGGACAAAUGACGACGAGCUCGAGGUGCUCGGCGAUGACGGCCACCGUGUUGCGCGGGUCACCGAGGCGGCGCACCGCCGGAGCCUCGAGGACCCCGACGAAGACGAGGUGGUUGUAUAA